GGGACGGCAGCGCGGAACGGCGCUGUGGGAAGGAACUUAGUACCCCUUCCCUCAUCUUCCGCCCGGAAAGAUUCAAAAUGGAUAGUAUAGAAGAACCUCAGAAAAAAGUCUUUAAGGCUCGAAAAACAAUGAGAGUGAGUGAUCGUCAACAACUGGAUGCAGUGUACAAGGUCAAAGAAGAAUUGUUGAAAACUGAUGUCAAGCUGUUAAAUGGCAAUCAUGAAAAUGGAGAUGUGGACCCAACCUCACCUUUGGAGAAUAUGGAUUAUAUUAAUGACAAGGAUGAGGUGAAUGGCCUUGAAGAACUUUGUUUUAAUCCUGAGAAAAGUAAAUCAGAAUGGAAAGAAACACCUUGUAUCUUAAAUGUUAAUGUAAAAAACAAUUCAGAUGAUGAUUUAAAGCAUGAAUCUUUGUCUCCUAGUAGUAAAACUCCUGAACUAAACUCUAAAGUGACCACUGAACCAGCUCCUGGUGAUCCACCUUCAGGUGAUUUGGCUACUGGAGAUCUGCCAGCCUCUGGAGAUACGGCCUCUGAAGUAUUAACCUCUGGUGAUCCCACCUCUAGUGAUCCCACCUCUGGUGAUGCCACUUCUGGUAUUCCAACCUCUGAUGAGCCUGCCUCUAGUGAUCCCGCCUCUGGUGAUCCGGCCUCUGCUGAACCCGUCUCGGAUGAGCGGGUCUCUACUGAAAACUCAGAUAUGGCUGCCAGUCAACACUCCAGUGAGCUGAUCGCUGGUGAACUGAUGUCUGGGGAGCCAGUCUCUGUUGAACUGGUCUCCAGUGAACCAGUCCCUGGUGAACUGGUCUCCAGUGAACCAGUCUCCAGUGAUCCAGUCUCUGAGAAUUCAGCUUCUGAUGAUCUGGCCUCUGGAACACGGGCCUCUGAUGAUGCAGCUUCUGGUGAUCUGGCUUCUGGUGGUCCAGCCUGCGGUGAUCUGACCUCUGGUGAUCAGAUCUCUGGUGAUCUGGCCUCUGGUGAUCUGAUCUCUGAUGAACCAAUUGCUGAUAAACCAACUUCUGAAUCAGCCUUUGAUUCCACUUUUGAAUCGAGUUCUGUACCAGUUUGUGUGCCAGUUCCUGACACUGACAAUACAGAACCUAGUAGCAAUAAAGGUGAUGAUUUUCUUGAACAAAAUGGGGAUGAUGAAAAGUUAGAUGAAAUUUUCUCAUUUGAUGAGAGUAAAAAAGCUGAUGGUAAUAUUGAUGCUGCUGAAGAAACUCUAGAAGCAGUUGAUACAAUUGUUUGUUCUGCUCCACCUCCUGAAAAUGAAAAAGUAGAGGAAGAUGCUGUCACAGAACCUGUUCUUGGAGAGCAGGAUAUAUCUAGCAGUAUGGACAUUGACCAAAGUGAAAAGAAUGAAGGUGAAAAUUCUGCAGACCUUGCAGAAUCCAUUAGUGAAAAUGUUAUAAAAGAUGACAAAAAUGAGAAUAUAUUAGAAAGUACAGAUUCUAUGGAGACAGAUGAAAUUAUUCCUAUUUUGGAAAAGCUUGCACCUGCUGAAGAUGAACUUACUUGCUUUUCUAAAUCUUGUCUUCUUCCAAUUGAUGAAACAAAUCCGGAUUUGGAAGACAAGAUGGAAGGUUCUUUUGGUUCACCAUCUAAACAAGAAAGUAGUGAGAGUUUGCCAAAAGAAGCCUUUUUGGUUCUCUCUGAUGAAGAGGAUAUUUCAGGUGAAAAAGAUGAGUCUGAAGCUAUGUCACAAAAUGAGCCAUGCUCUCCAGUUACAGAGGUACAAAAUAAUGAAAAGGACAGGAAACCAGAGGAAGAAGAGCAAGUAGUAAUACAUGAAGAUGAAAGAACUUCUAAGAAAAUUGAAUUUUCCAGAAGAAAACGUUCUAAAUCUGAGGACAUGGACAAUGUACAGUCCAAACGUCGUCGAUACAUGGAAGAAGAAUAUGAGGCAGAAUUUCAAGUAAAGAUUACAGCCAAAGGAGAUAUUAACCAGAAGCUGCAAAAGGUUGUACAGUGGUUGCUGGAAGAAAAAUUGCGUGCACUACAGUGUGCUGUAUUUGAUAAGACUUUGGCAGAAUUGAAAACACGAGUGGAAAAGAUCGAAUGUAAUAAGAGGCAUAAAACAGUUCUUACUGAACUACAGGCCAAGAUAGCCAGGUUAACCAAACGCUUUGGAGCAGCCAAAGAAGAUCUUAAGAAAAGACAAGAAAAUCCACCAAACCCACCUGUACCUGUAUCACCAGGAAAGUCUAUAGCUGAUGUCAGCAGCAAUAACAGUGUGCCCUAUAGAAACACAGGUACAGUGAGACAGUUGCUGGAGUCCAAAAGAAAUGUAAGCGAGAGUACACCACCAUCCAUUCAAACCCCUGUGAAUACAGUGUCUUCAACCAAUCUUGUCACUCCUUCUACAGUUGUCAGUAGUCAACCUAAAUUGCAGACUCCAGUGACUUCGGGUUCUCUGACAUCAAUUCUUCCUGCACCCAACACAGCUACAGUAGUUGGUACUACUCAGGUGCCUAGUGGAAAUCCCCAACCUACAAUCUCUUUACAAUCAUUACCAGUGAUUUUGCAUGUACCUGUUGCGGUAUCCUCCCAGCCUCAACUUCUACAGAGCCAUCCCGGGACUUUAGUAACUAAUCAACCAUCUGGCAACGUUGAAUUCAUUUCUGUACAGAGCCCACCUACAGUGAGCAGUCUCACCAAAAAUCCAGUAUCCUUGCCAUCCUUGCCAAAUCCCACUAAACCAAACAACGUUACUUCUGUGCCCAGCUCUAGUAUUCAAAGGAACUCUCCUGCCAGUGCUGCACCAUUAGGAACAACACUUGCUGUACAGGCUGUUCCAACAGCGCACUCUAUUGUACAAGCCACAAGGACUUCUUUACCCACAGUAGGCCCAUCAGGACUCUACAGUCCAUCAAAUAAUCGUGGUCCUAUACAGAUGAAAAUUCCAAUUUCUGCUUUUAGUACUUCAUCUCCUGCAGAACAGAGCAGCACUACUACCCCAAGAAUUGAAAACCAGACAAACAAAACAAUAGAUGCUUCUGUUAAGAAAGCAGCUGAUAGCACAUCACAGAGUGGAAAAGCCACAGCCAGUGAUUCAAGUGGUGUCAUUGAUCUUACAAUGGAUGAUGAAGAGAGUGGAACUUCACAAGACACUAAAAAGCUAACUCACACUCCUGUGUCAGCCAUGAGUUCUUCUCAAUCUGUGUCUCGGCCGUUGCAACCUAUCCAGCCAGCACCACCUCUUCAACCAUCUGGGGUCCCAACAAGUGGACCAUCUCAGACAACAAUACACUUACUACCUACAGCUCCAACCACUGUGAAUGUAACACAUCGUCCAGCAACUCAGGUGACCACGAGACUUUCUGUACCAAGAGCUCCUGCAAACCAAGUGGUUUAUACAACUCUCCCUGCACCAACAGCUCAGGCUCCCCUGCGAGGAACUGUUAUGCAGGCUCCUGCUGUUCGGCAGGUCAAUCCCCAAAAUAGUGUCACGGUUCGAGUGCCUCAAGCAACUACAUAUGUUGUAAACAAUGGAAUAGCCCUGGGAUCCCCAGGACCUCAGCUCACAGUGCAUCAUCGACCACCACAGGUGCACACUGAGCCCCCACGCCCUGUGCACCCAGCACCCUUACCAGAAGCCCCACAACCACCGCGCCUGCCCCCAGAAGCUGCCAGCACAUCUCUGCCUCAGAAGCCGCACUUGAAGUUAGCACGAGUUCAGAGUCAAAAUGGCAUUGUACUGUCAUGGAGUGUCCUGGAAGUGGAUCGAACCUGUGCCACUGUUGACAGCUACCAUCUCUAUGCUUACCAUGAGGAACCCAGUGCCACUGUGCCCUCACAAUGGAAAAAGAUUGGAGAGGUAAAGGCACUUCCUUUGCCAAUGGCAUGCACUCUGACCCAGUUUGUAUCUGGCAGCAAAUACUACUUUGCUGUACGGGCCAAGGAUAUUUAUGGACGUUUUGGACCUUUCUGCGAUCCUCAGUCAACGGAUGUGAUCUCUUCUUCCCAGAGCAGUUAAACCUUGGACCCUUUCUCUCUUCUUUGAAAAGUUCCACUUUUUGGUCUUAUUUUAAUCUUGUGCAUGAUACCCAUUGUAAAAAUCUACAUUGUGCGAGAUUUCUUGGACAGAUGUGUAUAUACACUACGUUUGUUUAUAAUCAGAAUAAAAUAAACUUAGCUCAUAAAGCAAGAACCUUUUCCUGAACAAUUCAAGCUUCAAGGUUUUGAAAUGUAAAUGUGCAUCUUCCUUUAGUCUUGAGGCUGGGGAAUAAUAUGUGUGGGUGUUUGUGUGGUUUUAUUUUUUCCUAUUUAUAUGUUUGUUGCAGUGGAAUCUCCCAUUUUCAUUCUCAAAUUUACCUCUCUUCUAGCAUAAAGUAGAGCAAAGCAUCUGAGGUAUGUAACUGGCAUGAUUCUAUUUCUAAGGGAUCUGUAGUUUCAUAGUUAAAUGAUUUAAACAGAAUCUAAACAAAACCCAAAGAAAAAAAUAAAAAGCAAAAUGGUUAAAGAGCUUAAAAUAGGUUAAUUUGAACACAGGAAAGGAUCUGUUUUAUCUUUUGUUGUCUCUUCUGGGUUGUUAAAUAGGCGAAAACAUCUAAAUGGCCCCUCCCUUUUCUAUCUUUCUUUUACAUUUAUUUUGUGCCUUAAACAUUAACUGCAAAAAUAAACAUGGCCAUUUGUCCA